AUGUCAAUUUUGGAUAAAAUAAAGGAUAUUGAGGAUGAGAUGGCUAGAACUCAAAGAAACAAGGCUACAAUGGGCCAUCUUGGUUUGUUAAAAGCUCGGCUUGCUAAAUUACGGAGGGAAUUAAUUAGUCCGAAAGGUGGUGGCGGAGGUGGUGCUGGUGAAGGAUUUGAUGUUGCCAAGACAGGCGAUUCGCGAAUUGGUUUUGUUGGUUGGUUAAUUUUUUUAAAAUUUAGAAAUUUUGGCAGUAUACGGAAUGAAUGCUUUUUCCUUUUAUCCUAA